AUGCCGACGGCGGUGCCGUAUCGCGUGGGGCAGCUCUACACCAUCAGCAAGCACAGUCACCAGGAGAGCGAGAAGGGCGAGGGCGUGGAGGUGGUGAAGAACGAACCCCACGAGGACCCUGUCCACGGCCCCGGCCAGUUCACCGAGAAGCGCGUCCACCUCUCCAGCAAACUGCCGAGCUGGGCGCGGGCAGUGACCCCCCGCAUCUUCUACAUCACGGAGAAGGCCUGGAACUACUACCCCUACACCAUCACCGAGUACACGUGCUCCUUCCUGCCCAAGUUCUCCAUCUACAUCGAGACCAAGUACGAGGACAACUGCGGGGACAGCGAGAACAUCUUCCACAGCGAUAAAAUCCUGGGCGACCACGAGGUCUCCUUCCUGGACAUCGCCUUUGACGAGAUCCCCGAGCGUUACUACCGCAGCCUGGAGCCGCGCGCCGGCCGCCGGCCGCACGCGGACACGGGGACGGGAGCCCCGGGUAUGGCGAUGGCCGGCAGCGGGGGCCGGCAGCGGGCGCGGGGCCGUCGCGGGAUGACAAUGGAGGAGGUGCGGUGCUACGAGCGGGAGACGCAGGAGGCCACCAACGAGCUCAUCGGCCUGGUGGCACCCACCAUCGCGGUCAGCGAGGUGGGGCAGCCCACGGCCACGCACUCGGCCCCCGCCAGCGCCCCCUCCACCCCCCUCAGCGACGAGGCCCCCGAUUUCCUCGCUCCCCCCAAGACUCGCCCACGCAAGAAGUCAGCGCCGGAGACCCUGACGCUGCCCGCACUGCGGGAACGUGCCGGUGCCGAGUGA